AAAAGUUGGUACAAGUGUUAGUGAUGAUUGUGUGACAGAAUUCAAUAAUUUAAAAUUAGGAAAACAAUAUAGAAAUGUAAUCUUUUGAUUAAAUAAAGAUAGAAAUGAAGUAUUUCUUAUAUUGUAUAUUAGAUUGUUGUUGAUUAAAAAGGAGCAAAAACUAGUACUUAUGCAGAAUCUGUAAGUCAUCUUUAAAAUGAAGUAAAUAUAUUCUUUAAUUUAAAAGUUCUGAUAGGCUGUUUAUGAUUAUCAUGCUUAAACAGAUGAUGUUCCACCUAGAAAAGUUGAUAAAUUAGUCUUCAUUUUCUGGUCACCAGAUACCAAUCAACCAGUAAAAUAAAAGAUGGUAUAUGCUGCAGGAAAAGAAGCAUUAAAGAAGAAGUUGAAUGGACUUUCAAAAGAAAUUUAAAUUUAAGCAAAUGAUUCAUCUGAAGUUGAAGAAGCAGAAAUCAAAAUCACUGGAUUGAGC